CUAGACGCUGUUCCAAGUCCUCCAUACAGAGUACAUUACCAUAGUCUUUCGAGACUAAGGAUUCCUAAUGGUAAAUGGACUGAUUUAUAUGUGCAUGCAUGUUCCUCAAUAAAUGUCUGCAACAACAUCAAAUCUCUUACAUUUUGUGGAAGGAUAUUGUGUAUGUGUCUAUAAAUAUCACAUGUAUUGUUCUUCAGUGGAGACAUUUUAUCUUCUAAUAAACAAAUAUAAUCUGCUAGUAAACAAAUAUAUAGUAAUGGAUGUAGAGAAGUUGAGUGGUGGAAUUGCAUGUAUGAACCAGCUCUACAUUUUGUUUCUGCAGCUGGGGAGACAAAGCCAUCUAUCUUCCUGAACCCAGAGAAGGUAGUCUUUGACCAGUGUGGCAAAAGGGAUGAUCGAAUGCAGGUGCUAGCUCCUGUUACUGGAGGACGGGCUCGUAUUGUAGGAGGACGCCCAGGAAACUCACCUUGGACAGUCAGCAUCCGCAAUAGAGAAGGAGUCCAUUUCUGCGGAGGGUCACUGGUGAAGGAACAGUGGGUUAUUAGCACCCGCCAAUGUUUCUCUUCUUGGUGAGCAUCUUUUUGACUUUUCCUUAGUGAUACUGUUCAGGUCAUCUCUUUCUA